AUAUUGUUUAUCAAUUUCAUAUCCUUGUCUUAUGGGUUAACAUAUUAAUGUUAAAAUCUUGAGUUUUGAUUGCUUGCUUAGUUUUUUUUUUUUUUUAAUUGCUAUUUUAUACUUGAAAUACAAUAUUAUACUUGAAUAUACAUUCUUGCCUGCACUUGUAGCUGGAAGUGAUGCCAAACCUGUUUAUCUGCCCAUGGAGAUUUGCAAGAUUGUUGAAGGGCAAAGGUACUCUAAAAAGUUGAAUGAGAAGCAGGUGAGUGCCCUGCUAAAGGCAACCUGUCAACGUCCUGAUGUAAGAGAGGGCAGUAUUAAGCAGAUGGUUCGCCAUAAUAAUUACAACAACGAUAAGCUUGUGAAUGAAGAAUUUGGUAUUCAAGUGAGGGCUGAACUUGCAUCUGUUGAUGCACGAGUUCUCCCACCUCCAAGGCUCAAGUAUCAUGAUACUUGGAAAGAGACACAGGUUGAUCCAAGGGUUGGUGUAUGGAACAUGAUUGACAAGAUUGAUGUGGUUCUUUUUUUUCCCGUGGGUUGGAUGCAUCAAGAAAAAAUGACAAUACAUUGUACAAAUCUUGUCUGUAUGAAAAUGGUUAAUGGUGGCAAGGUGGAAUUCUGGACAUGCAUCAGCUUUUCACGAUCUAGAAUUAAUUUGGACGAGUUCUGCCGUGAAUUGAUUUCUAUGUGUCGUAGUAAAGGGAUGGAUUUCAAUGAGCCUUUCCUUCCUAUUAAAUCAGCAUAUCCUGGUCAAAUUGAGAAGGAUCUCCAUGAUAUUCAUGCCCGUUCUACUGAAAAAUUAGCAAACAUGGGAUUGACAGGGAAGCAACUUCAGUUGUUAAUUAUUGUUUUGCCUGAUGUCAGCGGGUCAUAUGGAAAGAUCAAAAGAGUGUGUGAAACAGAGUUGGGCAUUGUCUCACAAUGCUGUCAACCUAGGCAAGCACAAAAGAAUAAUAAUAAACAGUAUCUAGAAAAUUUGUCUCUCAAGAUAAAUGUGAAGGUUGGGGGUCGAAACACUGUGUUGAUGAGCGCUAUUGAAAGAAGAAUCCCGUUUGUGACUGAUCGCCCUACAAUCAUCUUUGGAGCUGAUGUAACUCAUUCUCAACCUGAGGAUGACGCAAGCCCAUCCAUUGCUGCGGUGGUUGCUUCAAUGGAUUGGCCUGAGGUAACGAAGUACGGAGGACUGGUUUCUGCACAAGGACACAAGGAAGAAAUCAUCCAGGAUCUCUAUAAAACAUAUCAGGAUCCUCAAAGGGGCACCGUUCAUUGUGGAAUGAUUAGGGAGCUGUUAAUAGCUUUCAAGACAUCAACUGGGCAGAAGCCUCAUAGAAUUAUAUUCUACAGAGAUGGUGUUAGCGAAGGUCAAUUCAACCAAGUUUUGGUCCAUGAAAUGGAUGCAAUCCGAAAGGCUUGUGUUUCGUUAGAGGAACACUAUCUGCCACGUGUAACCUUUGUUGUGGUGCAAAAGAGACACCACACACGCCUUUUCCCUGCAGAUCAUAAUGAUCGUCGUUCAACAGAUAGGAGUGGCAACAUUCUGCCAGGUACGGUUGUGGACACCCACAUUUGCCACCCUAAUGAAUUUGACUUUUACCUAUGUAGCCAUGCCGAAAUUCAGGGCACAAGCCAUCCUACACACUAUCUUGCUAUCUUCAAAGCAUCAUUUAAUUCAGGCUUCAUUGCAAUGUAUGCUACACUUGCCAGCCGAGAUGUGGACUGUUGUUUGAUUCCAGAAUCACCCUUCUUUCUGGAAGGGGUAGUGGAUGUAAUAGAUAUUGGUGAACAUGUUCUAAAACUCGUUAAUUUUCUUGUUUGGGAAAACUAG